AUGUUAAAAGCCGUCAAAUUACUCUUUCCAGAAUUCCACAAUUUAGUCUCUAUUGAUUAUUCAAGCAAAGAAAUCAUGUUGAAAGUUGUGCAAGAAUUUGGAUUUUUGUUGAAGUUUGCAUCAGAAGAACUCAAAAAUGAUCGAGAUAUUGUUUUGAAUGCUGUGAAAAGUGAUGGUCUUUUGAUUGAAUUCGCCUCUAGUUAUUUGCAGAAUGACAGAGAAAUUGCUCUUGAAGCAAUCAAACAAAAUGGCUCAGCAUUGAAAUUUGUUUCUCCAAAUUUAAAGAAAACUAAAGAUUUUGUAUUGACUGCCGUGAAUCAAAAUGGGUUUGCACUUCAACAUGCAUCUAAAGAGUUGAAAAAUGAUAGAGAAGUUGUAAUGACGGCUGUCAGACGAAACGGUUAUGCUCUUGAAUUUGCUGAUGCAAUGCUGAAACGAGAUCAAGAAAUUAUAUUCGAAGCAAUCAAUCAAAUCAACGAUGCGUUUGUUGGCGCUUCUAAAGAACUCUUGUGA